CAAGUAGAUCUAUACAAACCUGUAUAUGAAAAACUGCUGACACCAUAAGAAGACUUCUAAGUCCCAAACAUCCCUUCUUCAGGUGUUUGCAGCUUAUAUGCAAAGGGUUGCACUAAGAAGUUGAAUUACUCUAUUUAGUUUGCUCUGAGCACAGAGGGAUAUCUCUUACAGUACAUGGCAAAUCACAUGGAUCAGAGGCUGUUUGAAUCUUGCUGUUGAACUUAGUGGAACGUUAAGUUCAGUAAUGGUAGGCUCCAUAUGUUGCAAGUCAUAUGAUUCUAUGACACGUGUAUGUGUAUAUGUAUAUAUAUGAGAAGCCUGGUGACUCUGCUCAGACUGUGCUGAACUUCCCUCUUCAGAACCACUCAUCGUUUCAGAGAAGUUACCUGCCACUAUGAUGCCUGGGGGCUUAUCUGAGACCAAGUCUGCUACUCCAGAAGUCCAGCAUAUUGUUAACGAGGUGAAGCCACAAUUUGAAAGCAGGGAAAACAGGACAUACGGCAUCUUUAAAGCCAUAGUAUAUAAGACUCAGGUGGUUGCUGGGAUAAACUACUUCAUUAAGGUCCAAGUUUCCGAUACCGACUAUGUCCACUUAAGGGUGUUUCAGAGCCUUCCUCAUGAGAACCAAGGUCCCAGCCUUGUCAGUUUUCAGACUGGCAAAACCAGAGAUGAUCCUCUGACCUACUUCUGAGAGAUGACAAGGAAUGGUGCCUCACUUCUGCAAGUCGCAUGUGGAUUCUGCCUGUGUCAAUAAAUGCAUUAAAAUAAGUUUUGAAAGCU